AUGAACAAGCUGCCCUUCCACAACAACAGAGUCAUGCAGGACCGGCGCAGCGUGUGCAUCUUCCUCCCCAACGACGACUCCCUCAACAUCAUCAUCAACGUGAAGAUUUUGUGCCAAGAGUUACUGGUGCAGGUGUGUGACCUGCUGAGGCUGAAGGAUUGUCACCUCUUCGGGCUCAGCGUCAUCCAGAACAAUGAGCAUGUGUACAUGGACCUGGCCCAGAAGCUCUACAAGUACUGCCCCAAGGAGUGGAAGAAGGAGGCCAGCAAGGUCAGCGGUGAGGUCUUGCAUGGAGAGCUGAGGCCACCUCUGUCCCCAUCACAGGGCAUCGACCAGUUUGGCCCCCCCAUGAUCAUCCACUUCCGAGUGCAGUACUACGUGGAGAACGGGCGGCUCAUCAGUGACAGGACAGCUCGGUACUACUACUACUGGCACCUGAGGAAGCAGGUGCUGCACUCCCAGUGUGUGCUGAGGGAAGAGGCUUAUUUCCUGCUCACUGCCUUCGCCCUCCAAGCCGACCUGGGGGACUUCAAGAGGAACAAGCACUACGGGAAAUACUUCGAGCCCGAGGCCUAUUUCCCUGCCUGGGUGGUUGCCAAGAGGGGCAAGGAUUACAUCCUGAAGCACGUCCCCAACAUGCACAAGGACCAGUUUGCCCUGACAGCCUCAGAGGCCCAUCUCAAGUACAUCAAGGAGGCUGUCAGGCUGGACGACGUGGCCGUGCACUACUACAGGUUGUACAAGGACAAAAGGGAAGUGGAGGCCUCCCUGACUCUGGGGCUGACAACACGGGGCAUUCAGAUUUUCCAGAACCUGGAUGAGGAAAAGCAGCUGCUGUACGAUUUCCCAUGGACAAAUGUGGGGAAAUUGGUGUUUGUGGGCAAGAAGUUCGAGAUCCUGCCGGACGGGCUGCCCUCGGCGCGGAAGCUCAUCUACUACACGGGCUGCCCGCUGCGCUCGCGCCACCUCCUGCAGCUGCUCAGCAGCAGCCACCGGCUCUACAUGAACCUGCAGCCCGUGCUGCGCCAGGUGCGCCGGCUGGAGGAGAACGAGGAGAAGAAGCAGUACCGGGAGUCCUACAUCAGCGACACGCUGGACCUGGACAUGGAGCAGCUGGAGAAGCGUUCCCGCGCCAGCGGCAGCAGCGCCGGCAGCGCCCGGCACAAGCGGCUGUCCCGGCACUCCACGGCCUCCCACAGCAGCUCCCACACCUCCGGCAUCGAGGCCGACCCCAAGGCCAGGGAAAUGGGGCCUGAGGACGCCUUCUCUGGAGCCGGCGCCCACCGCAAGCUGAAGACCUGCAGCUCCAUGACCAGCCACGGCAGCUCCCACACCUCGGGCGUGGAGAGCGGCGGGAAGGAGCGGCUGGAGGAGGAUUCCCAGGAUGAUGAGAUUGAGAUGCUGGUGGAUGACCCCCGGGAGCUGGAGCAGGCUGGGGAGAUGGAGGUGAGCCCCGACAUGUGUGUCUACAUCACCGAGGACAUGCUGCUGUCCCGCAAGUUCAACGGGCACUCGGGACUCAUCGUGAAGGAGAUCAGCUCCUCCACCUCCAGCUCCUCAGAGACGGUGGUGAAGCUGCGGGGGCAGAGCACCGACUCCUUACCCCAGACAACGAGCAGGAAACCCAAGACAUCGACAGACAGGCACAGCCUGAGCCUGGAUGACAUCAGGCUCUACCAGAAGGACUUCCUGCAGCUGGCCAACCUGUGCCAGGACACGGCGCAGAGCUUCACCUUCGGCUGCGCCCACGGCCUGGACCACGAGGGGCUCUACUGCAACGGCUGCCUGGCCCAGCAGUGCAUCAACAUCCAGGACACCUUCCCUGUGAAAAGAACCAGCAAAUAUUUCUCCUUGGAUCUGACCCACGACGAGGUGCCCGAGUUCGUGGUGUGAGCGUGGCGAGGCUCCAGCGCCGC